AUGCAGCAGCAGCAGCAGCAGCAGCAGAAGCAGCAGCACCAGCAGCAGCAGCAGAAGCAGCAGCAGCAGCAGCAGCAGCAGCUGAUGCAGCAGCAGCAGCAGAUGCAGCAGCAGCAGCAGAUGCAGACACAGCAACAGAACCAUCAGAACAAUCAGCAGCAACAGAAGCAGCAGGAGCAGCAGCAGGAGCAGCAGCAGGAGCAGCAGCAGAAGCAGCAGCAGCCUGCGCAUCUAUCUCCAUAUCUUCCUUAA